GGCGCGCCGGCCGGGGCGGGGCGGGGCCUGGCGGCCGCCCCCGCCGCGGCUGACGUGGCCCGGGCGCGGGGCGGACAUGGCGGACGGCAGCAGGCAGAGCAGGCUGGCGGCGGCCAAGAAGAAGCUGAAAGAAUAUCAGCAAAAGAAUAACCCUGGAGCAACUGCAGGAACUAAGAAAAAACGCAAAACUAAAGAAGGCAGUAGACCUGAGACUCCCACCAAUGACGACCGUCAGCCUCCAGAGAACAUUCAGAACAUUCUGAAGGUGCUGGUGUCAGACCUUAACCGCUCCAAUGGGGUAGCCAUACCCUCAUUGGACAAGAGGAAGGCAUACUUUGACAGUGAUGUUGCCACUCGUAAUGCUGAACAGCUUGCUACCGAUGUCCCUGUGCUAUCUAACAGCAACAGUCUACCUAGUUGUGGUUCUGUUCUGCCUGCUCCUGCGAGCAUGCAGGUGACACAGAUUCAUGAAGCUGAAGACCAUAAAAAUGCUUUGGAUGAGAAUAGGUCUUUCUCGUCAACAGAAAGUCUCCGCCAAUUGUCUGAACAACUCAACGGCCUGGUUUCUCAGUCUACGUCGUAUGUGAAUGGGGAAAGUGCUGUUUCUUCCACAAAUAUUAAGGAAAUGGAAACACGUUACCAGGAGCUGGCAGUAGCCCUGGAUUCCAGCAAUCUAACUAACAAACAGCUCGUUACAAAGAUAGAGGAAUUGAAACAGCAGAACCAAGAAGUAGUGAAUCAGCUGGAGAAGGAAAAGAAGCAGUUUGAACAGAAGUUUUCUAAAGAGCAAGCAGCACUGAGGGAACAGCUGCAGGUUCAUAUCCAGACUAUUGGAAUUCUAGUUUCUGAGAAGUCUGAGUUGCAGACAGCCCUUGGACAUACUCAGCAAGCUGCACGGCAGAAAUCAGGAGAAGCUGAAAACCUUGCUGUUCGUUUACAUUCAUCUCGCCAGAGGGUAUCAGAGCUAGAACGUACUUUGUCCUCCAUCUCCAUGCAGCAAAAACAGUCAGAGAAGCAUAAUAAAGAGUUAGUGAAGGAGCGAGACAACCUGAAACUGGAACUGUACAAACGAAGCAAAAGUAGUGAGGAAAUAAAGCAGCAGAAUUCAGAGCUGUCCGAGAAGGUUCACUCUCUGGUUUCCAAGAACUCGGCUAUGAAGUUGGAUAUGGAGGAUUUGCAUAAGAAAUUGGAAAUGGCUGAACUGAUGAUUCAACAGUUCUCAAAUCAGACAGCGAGUCUGGAUGCAAACCAGCAGUUGCAGAUGGUGCUGGAGGAGAAGGCAAGCCUGGAAACCCAGGUUGCUCAGCUCUCAGAGUCCCUUCACCAGCUCCAGGCAGAACGAGAUCAGUAUGUAGAGAAACUGAAGGAGGAGCGGAGCAUUUGGCAGCAGCGGGUACAGCAGCUCUCUGAGCAGGUCCACACAAUGGCAGAGGAGAGGGAGAAGCGUAUGGCCCAAAUUCAGGAGCUGGAAGCCAAUGUUGCAGAGCUGUUGAACAAAUCAGCAGUUAAGCCCAUGGAUAUUGAGCCUUCCUCACCAGCAGAGCCCACAGCAGCUGAGCUGAGCCUGCAGGAAGAGAUCCAGCGGCUGCAGCAAGAGAAGGAGGAACUGCAUGGGCAGUACCAGGCCCAGGUCCGGGACAACGAGCAGCUGAGCCACCUCAACCGGGAGCAGGAGGAGCGGCUGCUGGAGCUUGAGAAGGCUGUGCAGCGCUACAACGAGGAGUCUCUGGACAGACAGCAGAUCCUGGAGGACAUGCAGAGCGACAAGGCCACAAUCAGCAGGGCACUGAGCCAAAAUCGGGAGCUGAAGGAGCAGCUGGCUGAGCUGCAGAAUGGGUUUGUCAAACUGACAAAUGAAAACAUGGAGGUUACAAGUGCGCUACAGUCAGAGCAACAUGUAAAGAAGGAGCUGGCCAAGAAGCUUGGGCAGCUGCAGGAGAACCUGGGGGAGCUCAAAGAGACGCUGGAACUGAAAACACAGGAGGCUCGGGGUCUGCAGGAGCAGCGGGACCAGUACUACAGCCACUUGCAGCAGUACACUGUGGCGUACCAGCAGCUGUCUGCUGACAAGGAGGAACUGCACAAACAGUACUUGCUUCAGACACAGCUUAUGGAUCGGCUACAGCACGAGGAGGUUCAAGGGAAGGUGACAGUGGAAAUGCACCUGAAAGAGCUGCAGCAGACCAAGGAAAAUCUGGAAGCUGUAGCUAAGGAAAACAAAGAGCUGCAGGCCCAGAUCAGUCAGUUAGCAGCAGACCUGGAUGGCAGGAUUUUGCACCGACUAGAGGGAGAUGGAGUUGAAAGUGAAGCAAUGACCAAAGAAAGUCAAAAAUCUUCGUUUGUGAUCCCAGAGAAGUUUGAAAACCAUGAAGAAAUGGUCGCUUUCUUGACAUCUGCCAUGUCCCAAGUGGAGAAGGAGCGAGAAGACAUGAGGCAGCAGCUGGCUGCUCAGAAACAGCACUGCAGGAGCCUCCUGCAGCAAAUGGCAGCGCUCCGGCAGGAGCACCAACAUAACGUCAUGCUGGGUGGAGGUUCCACUGUGGAUACUGUUCCAGUGGAGGUUCACGAGGCUUUGAAAACUGCCAUGGAGAAACUACAGUCCCGUUUCACAGACCUGAUGCAUGAGAAAGCUGAUCUGAAGGAAAGGUUAGAAGAGUUAGAACAUCGCUGCAUACAGCUGUCUGGGGAAACGGACACCAUUGGGGAGUAUAUUGCAUUAUACCAGAGUCAAAGGGCUAUCCUCAAACAGCGGCACCAGGAGAAAGAGGAGUACAUCAGCAGACUGGCUCAGGAUAAGGAAGAGAUGAAGAUGAAACUACUGGAACUGCAGGACCUCGUGAUGCGUCUGGUCAGGGAAAGAAAUGAAUGGUACAGCAAGUAUGUAGCAGCUGCUCAAAACCCAGAGCUGUUAGCAAGCCCAAAUGAAAGUGUACUUCCAGCCGAGAGGCGCAUUGAGCUGAACGCUACUGAUGGAGAAGGGUUACGAGAAGUGAAUUUAUCAGAUGAAGCAGAACAAGAGGCUGCUGUUCUUCAUCAAUCUGGUUUCUCUCCUGUUGACAGUAAAGCUGCUCAGCCAAGCCAAGAGGACCCCACAGCCAAGCAAAUAAUGCAGCUUCUCAGAGAAAUCCAGAACCCUCAGGAGAGGCUGGGCUCCCUGCUGGAAAAUCCCUGCAUUCCCUUCUUCUACCGUGCUGAUGAGAACGAUGAGGUCAAAAUCAUGGUAGUUUAAGUGGCACUAAAUCUUAUUUACAGUAAUUUUCUAUGAGCCUGAGAAGACUUAACUGACUUGAACGUGCCCUUGGUCAGAACAGAUUCUUUAAAGACAUCGGUAAAGAGGGAUUUCAUCAGAUGGAACUUGAGCAUCAGACCUCAUCUUCCCUUUCUCUUUCUUCUGUUACUUGGUGUGCUCAGAGUACAGGCAGACUUAAACUAAUCCUGGGCAGCAGCUGGUGCUGGCAUUUCACCUUCCAGGGCUCUCAAACUAACUUAUUCUGGUAAUGGACUCUCUGACCUCUGAACAGGUUGUUUUUGUUUCAUACAUAAUAUCUUAAACUUCCUCCUUUCUUCUGCAGCCUGCCUCUUGCAACUGUAUCUGAAACUGGCCUUGGCAUCUUGAACAGCCAAAGGAUACAGGCUCGGGGAGAGCGGGGCAGCACUACAGCCAGCUGUAACCUUAUGGCUAGGGGAAGGGACCGAGGGCUGCCUUCUGAGUCUCUGGUUACUUGACAAAGCUUUAUGUGAUUCUUGGGAGUGGGGUGGAAAUGUAACUGCACUUUGAAGGACGAUGCGUUUCACCUGUAUGUGUCUGAAGGUUUUAUUUAUUUUAAAAAAUGGGAGAAAUAAGUAAAAGGAAACCACUUAAUAAACAUGCUUUGUUUUGAA